AUGUGCCCUCUGAAAGAGUUGAAGGAAGGAGGCGGGGCCCUCCCAGCAGUGGGUGGGCUUCAAAUCAAGGACUGCCUGAGAAAAGUCAACCCAUACAAGCCAGGUGACGUGCUCCAGGGCAGCAGUGCUGUAGGAUAUUUUGCUUUGGAGGUGAGUCUGUUGGAAAAUUACUGCGCGCAUGCAGUGACUGUGGGCCUGGGGCAGUGCAGGAGCAGUAUAAAAGUGGGCCCUUCUCCUCACUCUCUCAUCCACUCCUCUUGCCUCCAUCUCCUUGGGAACAAGGUGCACCUCCGGACCCAAGACAUGUCCUGCUACAACCAGUGCCUGCCCUGCCAGCCCUGCGGCCCGACCCCACUGGCCAACAGCUGCAAUGAGCCCUGCGUCAGGCAGUGCCAGGACUCCACCGUCGUCAUCCAGCCCUCCCCCGUGGUGGUGACCCUGCCCGGCCCCAUCCUCAGCUCCUUCCCACAGAGCACCGCCGUGGGAUCCUCCACCUCCGCUGCCGUUGGCAACAUCCUCAGCUCUGAGGGAGUGCCCAUCUCCUCCGGGGGCUUUGGCCUCUCCGGCUUUGGCAGCCGCUACUGCGGCAGGAGGUGCCUCCCCUGCUAAAGCUGCUGGCGAUGGCCCUGGGCAAGGCCACCAGGGACCCAGGAGAUGGUACCGCACUGGGGACGGAGCAUCGGCUUGUUGCUUGCAGAGAGGCGGAGCAACCCCAGCACCCCUUGCAAAAGGACGGGGCCAGCCUCAGCUCUGAGAAAGCACAGCCCUUGCCUGCCUUUCCCCUCUUCCGCUCUCUCCUUUCCCUCCUGUCUCCUUGUUCUCUUGUGCUCCCCUGGGCUGUGAGCACCACAAAGGCAGCCUAGAGAAGAGCUGUUGGUCCUUCUCCCUCUGUGGGGCAGGCACAUGGACACCUGGAAGGAUCUCCACCACAGCCAUGGGGUGCAGAGUUUUAUAUGCCCCUGGUGCUCUGUGUACUGGGACCUCCACCCAGACCGACCCCGUCUCCCUCUUUUGACUCAUUAAAGUUC